GACCUGUUACUCAAGCACAGCGUGGAGCGCCCGCCCUGGAGCGUGGCCAUCUUCUCCUUCUCCGACGUGCAGGUGAUCAUGGACCACAUGCACAACACCUUCUUUCGCCACUACAGGCUGUACAUGUACGCCUUCAGGACACACUGCAGCUUCAACUUCCGCUUGGAUGA